AGGCUUGCGUCGCCACCGGGCUGACCCCGGAUCCUUUUUCGAUUGAUACCAGUCUCAUAACUUCCCGAAAUGUCUCUCAAUCUUCAAGCAAUGCUCGGGUUCCUCAAUGUGACAGAACCCAGGCAGGUGAAGCGAGGGGAAGUGAGCAAAGGGAAAUACCAUUCACACCAUGAAUCCUCAUCGACUUCACUCACUAUCGUCAGGAAUCGAAGGUGUCCAUAAAGUGGAUCUGUCUAACAUCCCAGACCCGCAAAGCCUGAGAAUACGUCUCGGGACUCAAAUGGUCAUGAUCUCACCUCGGCCGCUUGUCGAAGCCUGGCGACAUUCUCGUCCAGAGGGGGCAUUGGAGCACGUGCAAGCCGUCCUCCCAACCAGUGGACCCUCCUGCCACACGGGGUCGCAUGUGCAUGUCGGCCUCUCUCUGGUCCUUUCCCCUUUGGUAUUCGGACAGACCGGUCCUCUCUGCUGCCUGGGAACUCUCCGCAUCAUACUCGUUAUGCUCAGCUAGGCCAAGCGCCCGAGACACGCCCCAGUUGCUCCAUUGUUACCAACCUUGCCGUCUACUCCAUUGGCCGCCAUGCCAGCUCAUUAACC